UAUCAUCAGAAGAGAAGAGAGAAGAGCGUGAGAGCGAGAGUGAUACGGACAGAGGGGCACUUACUUAGGGUUAACAAGAGGAGAGGAGAGGAGAGGAGAGAAGCGAAGGAAAUGGGAUCAGGAAGAGGACAACACACGGGAGAGUUCUUCAGGAGGAGGGACGAAUGGAGGAAGCAUCCUAUGCUUACCAAUCAGCUCCGUCACGCCACCCCUGGCCUUGGCAUCGCCCUUGUCGCCUUUGGCAUCUACCUCGUCGGCGAACAAGUCUACAAUAGGAUCCAUGCUCCUUCUUCGCACCACGUGGAAACUGUGGAGCACUAAGAACUAUUUGACUCCAAUCCAUCAUCGCAUUCCCUUUUUCGAAUGUUCGUUAAUAAGCUUUAUAUUGACAUUGAACUGGCACCCUUGAAUGUAUGAAUUUCAGACUAUGUUGUGUUCUUCAUCACUUCCUGAAUAAUGUAUGGCUACAUUAUUGUGUAUGCAUUCACAAUUUACUUGUUUCCA